UCUCUUCCGCUCUAGGACUGAAAUAGAGCAUUAAUGGCAGCUAUCAAGAUUAGCGUGGCAGUGGUCAUCAUGGCAGUGCUUAUUAACAUGGGGGAAUGUACCAAUCACACUGUGGGAGCUCCCACUGGCAACUGGGACAUGUCAACGAGCUUGCAGGCCUGGGCAUCAUUUCAAGCGUUUCACCCAGGAGACACUUUGAUUUUCCGGUAUGUAGCCAUCGUCCACGAUGUUGUGGAGGUGCCGAAGUCCGACUUCGACGCCUGCCAGGUGACCAACCCCCUCAGCUCACACAACGACGGCGAUACGGCCAUCCCUCUCACCACCAUCGGGAAGAGGUACUUCAUCUGCGGAGUGCCCGGCCACUGCAACCUCGGCAUGAAGGUCGAGAUCGAAACCGUCGCUCCCGGCACCCGGCAGCACCCCUUCGUCCUGUCACCGGCCACCCAGCCAGAAUUGCCGCCACCAGAUACGCCAUUCUCAGGUACCAACACGGGCAACCCUUCGGUGGUCACAGGCACUCUCGGCUCCUCGACGAACACUGCAUCACGGACGACUUCCAGCUCGUCGCCCAAUUUCGGGCCGCACCUCGGGUACUUGGUACUGGUGGCUCUGCUCCUGAUCACGUCCGUCUAGUGUCUCAUGAAUGGUCAGAUUCAAGUUGAGUUCUAUAUUGAAGUGAUGUGUUUGUGCUAUUUUCAUGGGCUUGUAUGUGAAAUUUUGUAAAUCGGCUGUGUGACAAAUUGCUUGUU